CUCCAACAUGCAUGACAAAGUGUUGGAAGUGAUGAUGGACUAACAAGUCUGUUUGACAAACUAGGCAAGUCAUUCAUUCAGUCUAAUGCAUGCUCAAUGGAAGUCUACUAGUCACACUUGCUCCACUCCAAUAAUGUUCAAAUUUGAUCGGGCAGCUUUUGGAGGACGCUAUGCAAAAGAGAAAGAUUAUAAGCUUGAAAAGGGAAAGUUUAGAAUUAUUGAAUGGCGAAGAGGUAGACUCACCUUGUUUCUAUCCACCAUCAUUUAUCGGUGUCUCUUUUUUUCUCCGACCCUUUCUCUCCUUUAUUCCGCUUCUUAUUGCUUCACCCAACCUGCUCUCUUUCGACAAUUUGACGCCAGUCGUCAUUAGGGUUUGAAACCUCAACGUCGAAAAGAUAUUUAUAUGCUUCAGUUGCUACGCAUAAAAGGUUGAUAAAGAAGCAUACUUUGCCUCUGGAAGGCAUUUAUUCUC